GCGGUCAUCCAGAUUUGCCGGGCAGCCGACGAUUUGACCACCAUCACGAAUCCAACAGCAGACGAGGGGACCAUCAAGAGGUGAGUGACAUCCAAUCUUACGUCAUGCGCGUCUUGAGUUCGGAAAUAUAAAAUUGUAUCAAACCAGACUGUUUACAAAAAAUUAAACCAAGGAAUGACAAUAAGUUAAGAAAGCAUAUUGAACAAAUAAACCAGCAGCUGACAGCAAACCAAAAAAAGAUAAUCUAUCUUGGAUUGGAAUCAUUGUCGAUCAUUUCUACACAUAAAAACUCGUACGUCUAGCUUAUAAAUAUUUUUUUUCUUAAUUUAAAAAAAGUUGACUAGGUCCAACGGUGUGAAAAAAGUGUUGCCCUGUCUGCAUGUUCUUUCUUUAAUUUUGGUAAUUUAUUUUUUUUUUAAAGUAGAAUUUGCGCUUUGGAGCUAGCCUCAUUUUACUUUUUUUUCUUUUUCCAGAUUGGAUCUUUAUCAUUAUCUGUGCUCUUUACCAGCAUUUCCCCAAAACUUUUAAAUGUCACCAGUUGUCAGAUUUAUUGAUUUCAUUUUUUUUUAUUUGACUAUAAAUAUCCUUGUUGUGCGAGCCCGCAACGUAAGCAUCGCGGACCGGCGACGGUCCACGGAUUACCACUAGAGGAUCACUGCUCUAUAGUAGUUUUUUAAAUCGUUAAGUACGUAACUUCCUGCGCCUUCUUUGAACUUUACGCCCUCUUUAUCUAAUAUGUAGACAUCAAUAAGAAUAGAUAACUGUAAAAAAAAAAAGUAAUCUUAAUCAAAGCGAUUUCUUUUAACGCCCGCUUCUCAUCCCCUUUUAAGGUAUGUCCAGUUGCGCAACCCAAAAGCGAAGAACUAAUAUAAAGCAAAGCAGCUGUGGUUAGAUGAUUCCUAGACCUGCCCACAUUCCUAGACCUGCCCACAUUCCUAGACCUGCCCACAUUCCUAGACCUGCCCACAUUCCUAGACCUGCCCACAUUCCUAGACCUGCCCACAUUCCUAGACCUGCCCACAUUCCUAGACAUGCCCACAUUCCUAGACCUGCCCCCAUUCCUAGACCUGCCCACAUUCCCAGACCUGCCCACAUUCCUAGACCUGCCCACAUUCCUACACCUGCCCACAUUGCUGUCGUUAGAUAAUUCCUAGUCCUGCCCACAUUCCUAGACCUGCCCACAUUCCUAGACCUGCCCACAUUCCUAGUCCUGCCCACAUUCCUAGACCUGCCCACAUUCCUAGACAUGCCCACAUUCCUAGACCUGCCCACAUUCCUAGACAUGCCCACAUUCCUAGACCUGCCCUCAUUCCUAGACCUGCCCACAUUCCCAGACAUGCCCACAUUCCUAGACCUGCCCAGAUUCCUAGACCUGCCCACAUUGCUAGACCUGCCCACAUUCCUAGACCUGCCCACAUUCCUAGAGCUGCCCUAAUUUCUAGACCUGCAUACUAACUUACUGUUGACAGAGGGUUUCUGUAAGAAACGAUAAUUUGGGAAGCCUUAUUGUAAAUAGCAGGCGUUGUCCUUAUAAAUAAUAAUUAUUAUUUUUAGAUUAGAAAUUUAGGAUAAGAAGAAAAAAAUAAGAUGAAAUUAUUAAGAAUUUGUCUUUCUCACAGAAUCUCCAGCUCAGAGGUGGAGCUGCUGAAGCAUGAGCUAUGUGAUCUGCGUCACGAGGGCGAUGACGUAUUUGUCAUCGCUGACGUGUCCACCAGCAGCACGACAAGGACAACACAAAUCGAGGAGUCGUCGAGUGGGGUGUCCAGACUGGCGCACGGGGGCGAGCGCGGUGGUCAUCUAACGCCAACCAUCGCCGGAAACACCACCGUGCAAAACACUUACGCUCAGCAACAGCAAGCCCCGCCCACAGCCACAAUUCCCAGUCGCUCAACCCCGGCCGCCAAUGUUCAACUGGUUAACAUACCUCAAGUGCCUCCUCCUGUUGUCUUGCGUCAGCUCGACUCCUCCUCCAGACGCCACGACCGCCCGCCUUCUUAUUCCUCUGGCACGAGAAGUGCUCAAACAUCUCGCGCCACCACCCCGGAAACACACGAGUCCACUCCUGUCUCGUCCGGGACGCUUCCUUUGCGAAAGGCCGGAUUCCCAGAACCACCCACUAGCUGCAUCAUUCCCCAAAACAAGCUUCUCUCUGCACGCCCCCAGAAAACAUUAACGUCUGCUCUGUCGUCUGGACAUUCUUCGGGGAAACCCAAACGUCCGGUUACAUUCAUGAAGAGUCUUUCCGUAGACAGCGCCCCCCUAUCGCCACCUCCCCACACCCCGAUCGACCAGACCAGCAUUUCCGCCAGCAACACGCCCACACAGCCGGUGACGUGCGCCGCGAUGGUCGCCUCCUUCUCGACACCCACAGUAAUCUUCCCUCAGUCUGACAAUCUCUUAUCCAUUUCUCAAAACACAGCCCCUAGGUCAUCGUCCUUUUCCUCCCCGGGGCGAGAGCGCGUGUCUCCGAGGACGGCUCGGCGGAAGUUCUUCGAAGAGCUCCCGACGUCCUUCCCGGUGAACCAAUAUCCCAUAGGGUAUCAGUCUUGGCCGGAGAGGAGGAACCCGGCCCCGGUACACAUGCGCCAGCAGUCGCUUCCCAACGCCGAGGAAGUGCGGAGAGAGGCCGAGGAAGAGCACAGUUUGGUGACGUCAAGGAAAUUAGAACCCGGCGGAGCAAUGAGGACGUCCGCCUCAUGGGACGCGAAGAUGCAUUCUCAAGCCGUUGGUCAGCAGACGUCACCUGUCUCAGGUCGCGCCGCUGAAGCAGACGCGGGACCAUCAGCAGGAUCGGCAUCAAUUUCAACAACACCAACAACACCCACAGUUGCCGAAAGUAAAACUCUCAAACACACGGCUAAGGAGAAACGAAGGUUCUUUAAGAAAUCUUGCAGUUUGGAUUCAACGGUAGGAUCGACCAUUGCGUCGGUAGGGGUGUCGGUGAUGCCCCCGGGGGCGCCGACUGGCUUCACGCCCUCUGAUCUGUUUGCCGCCAUGAAAGGAAAAUUGAAACCUGUCUUUAAACGGAAACUCGCAGAUGCAGGACCCAAUAACAGCAGCGAGCCCAGGUCUCCGUCACCACUUUUUAUACAAACAGAAGUUCCUGCCGCGCAUUGCACGAGCCACGGUGGACCUACGUCAUUACUGGUUCCGGUUCCACGUGUAGAUGUAAGCGAGUUGGAGGAAUCCUAUGACCAAGAAGAAAGUCAAGAAAUUUUAACAGAGGUAACUACUGGUAAACUUUCUUUAAUGCAGUUUUAAAUGGAUGUGUGAUGUUUUUCAGUGAUGGCUAAACCAAUAUCAAACCAAUACGAAUAAUAAUUUAAUCUAUCUUUUACCGACAAUUACGGUUUGCCAAUUUAUAGAAAUUAUCAAACAAAUCCAAUAUACCAGUGGUUAAUACCAUUGUAUGCAUAAAAAAAUUGGAAAAAAUGUCCAUAGAUAUAACAUAUAUGGAUUUUGACAUACAUUAUUGUUCCAGGAGUUUAGGGGGGGGGGGUGUUGUACAUUUGUGUUGGUCUAUACAAAGAUUGAACUCCAUUUUCUUAGUUUGUUGGAAUUUUUGGCCCUGGGGAAUCGGUCAUUCCUUUAAAGAAAAAAAAUCUUUUCAAUGUUGCAUUUUAAACGGCCCCCCCCCCCCCCCACACCUUACACACACUUCUUUUUUAAAUAAGCCUUUUUCGUUAGUAGCAUAUUUAAGCCCAACUCUCCAAUACAAGCUAAAACUGAACGUCUCUUCUGGUCCACAGCUUCCCAGCGAAAGGUCACGUGACGCCCACCGCUCACUGCACGGCAAGUGGAGAUCAAAGUCCGCCGACCGCAUCCAAACCAGUGUCCACGCUGACGUCAUACGACCCGUCUCCGGUGUGUGGAAGUUUAACGAGACCGCCGUUUGAUGUGACCUUGAUGACCCCCAGCACGUGGGAGUGCGUAGGGGGACUCCUCUCAAUUCAUGCAUCACUGCCACACAGGUUGUCAAAGCAACGCUCCAGAAACAGCGCUCUUUAAAAAAACAACAACAAUGGUCUCCAAGUUUUUAUUUCUUUCCGGUGACAUUUGACAAUGCCCAAAAUGAGGGCCCCUCGAUUUCUGAUCAUUUGUCUUGUAAACGCUGAAGGUGGUGAGAAAUAAUUAAAUUUACGAAUACAAAAAUCCCGCGGAAAGUGUUCAUUGCAACAUGUUGAAUGAGUGAAAACCUCAACCAAACCUUUAAAGUUGUUUCUAAAAUAAUCAAAUGUUGGUUCAUCAUAGUUUCUGGAAUCUCCCACGGGAUUUUUCUUAUUGAAUUUUGAAUCCUCUAAAUUGUGAUGUUUAGACUAUUGAACAAUUGGGAUGUUUAGACUACUGAAAAAUUGUGAUGUUUAUACUAAUGAACAAUUGUGAUGUUCAGACUAAUGAAAACUUGUAGCGUAAGUCUUACUUGAAGAUCGAUCAUAUCUUGUUUCUUUUUUUUUUUUAAAUGAUCACAACUGACACACUUCUUUUGAUUCUCUGUUUUCAAAACAUUUUGGUAGAUUAUCGACAAGUCAUAACAUACAAGCAUUAUUUUUUUUUUUGUUCGUACACUUCACUCUUUCGUGUUGAAACGUGCCACAAAAAAUGAAGAAGCCUUUUUAAAAAAAAAAAACUUUCAAACACUUUUUUCAGAUUUAAAAAAAAAAUAUUUUUUUUUUUUUUUUUAAAUGAUCACAACUGACACAUUUCUUUUGAUUCUCUGUUUUCAAAAUAUUUUUUUAGAUUAUCGACAAGUCAUAACAUACAAGUAUUAUUUUUUUUUUUGUUCGUACACUUCACUCUUUCGUGUUGAAACGUGCCACAAAAAAUGAAGAAGCCUUUUUAAAAAAAAAAAACUUUCAAACACUUUUUUCAGAUUUAAAAAAAAAAUAGUACUCGAAUAAAAACCAGUUUAUUUUGUGGGAAAAAAAAGUGUGUUGGGGGGGGGGAUUUUUUUAUAGUUCCAUUGCUGUGACAAUAGUUUUGAAUCCUAACCAAUGUUUGACCCCGGCUAUGUCCUGAGUUAUUGCACCUAAAAUUUCUCCUACACACACCGGUCUCUUUCCACGCACAAAUACUUGUAAGCCUUGAUUUAACUGGUCUUAGCCUGAUGAACUGACUUCAUCUUGUAUGUCAGAUAGACAGGAAAUAGAAAUCACGGGACAGAAAACUAUGAACCCAGGACAGCCAGCUAACAACCCCAGGACAGCCUAGCUAACAACCCUAGGACAGCCUAGCUAACAACCCCAGGACAGCCUAGCUAACAACCCCAGGACAGCCUAGCUAACAACCCCAGGACAGCCUAGCUAACAACCCCAGGACAGCCUAGCUAACAACCCCAGGACAGCCUAGCUAACAACCCCAGGACAGCCUAGCUAACAACCCCAGGACAGCCUAGCUAACAACCCCAGGACAGCCUAGCUAACAACCCCAGGACAGCCUAGCUAACAACCCUAGAAAGUCCAAAACAAAUCACCAAAGUUUAGUGGCACAGUCUUCUGCCACAUAUAUUAUGCAUCAUCUUGUGAUUACUAAAUCAGUUUACCGUUGUCAUUAGCAACACAUUCUGAUAUUUGAUCUUCUUUUGUGAAGCGCACAAAAAUCAGGAAAACUCAGCGUCAUGGGAAACGGAAGAGAGAACUUUUAAACAUUAAUUAUAAAAAAUAAUUAUGCAAAAUAUUUUUUAAAAUCAACUUAAGUUCCAUCACAUCCGAUCCUUGUCCAAUACUCCACCGCCUUGUCCAAUACUCCACCGUCUUGUCCAAUACUCCACCGCCUUGUCCAAUACUCCACCGCCUUGUCCAAUACUCCACCGCAUUGUCCAAUACUCCACCGCCUUGGCCGAAAGUAACAAGUGGUUUUAAAACAAUGAGUAAACUUGACUGUUUCCUUACAACUGUUGUGUGACGUGACGCUGGUGUAUGUACCACAGUGGCACUUCAGCAAACACAAGGACGGUCUCCCUGUUUGUGACGUCAUAAGUGACCCGUGAUCUGGAUGUCCAGAUAAAAUAAUAUAAAUGAAUGUCGUAUUCAAAUACGAUAUUUUCGUUCCAAUGAAAGACAUAUGAUCCUAGACAUUUGAUCCUAGUCAUAUGAUCUUAGACAUAUGAUACUGGACAUUUGAUCUUAGUCAUAUGAUCUUAGACAUAUGAUACUGGACAUAUGAUCUUAGACAUAUGAUUCUAGAGAUAUGAUCCUAGACAUAUGAUCCUAGGCGCCUUAAUUGAUAUUGUAUACAUUAUGUCGUAAAGUACAAUUAACUUCAGUUGUAUUUUCCUACACGCAUAGAUUCAGAAGUUUGUAUGGAUAAAAUAUAGUUGUAGUUGGACUUGAGUUGAAAUCCAAAGCUUUUCUUCUUUUUUCUUCUUUUUUUUUCCAGCAUAGGAAGAUUCAUUUAUUUAUUUAUUUUCUGAAUUAUGCCUUGACUUAGAGUUUGACAUGUCAUCUAGAGGCUGACAGAGGUGCAGUCAGGGGUGCAUGGGGAAAUUCCCGGUGGUACGCCACGGUGGAUGACAAUGGGCUACCUGGACCGCGUCUACAUCACGAUAAAACGUGCGCUUUAUGGUCUCAGUUCCACAUGACGGUCCCGAGCCACUUAGACACUUUUAGAAACUCUUAGACAUUUUUAAACACUCUUAGACACUUGUAGACACUCUUAGACACUCUGAGACACUCUUAGACACUCUUAGGCACUCAUGUCCCCCACUUCCCCCCAGCUGUCUCGUUUAAUCAAGUUUAUGAACAACUGCCACGUGUUUGACCAGAGUGAGAAGCAGUUGAAGUUGUAGUGCACUUCAUCUUUAGCACAUGUGCACAGCGUGGGUCCCUGGUGCACUUCAUCUUUAGCACAUGUGCACAGCGUGGGUCCCUGGUGCACUUCAUCUUUAGCACAUGUGCACAGUGUGGGUCCCUGGGAUUAGAGGGAAAUUUGAACGCAACCUUCAUUGGCACCUAUUCUAUUUUCAGACUUGGCCCUUGGGGAAAAGGGCCCAAUAGGUAUAAAUGAUUAACAAUUUGUUUUAGCCCCCCCGUAGUCCCUAGAUUAUUUACGCUUUUAUGAAGUUUGAAAAGAAAAGUUUUCAUAGCGAGGUGAUGUCAUAGUGAUGUCAUGAUCAUUUAGUAUCAUAUUUUAAUAGUUUUAUUAUUAUGAUUAUAUUUUGCAAAUGUGAAAUAAUUUUUUUUUAAAAUUUAUUUAAUGAGACACGAAAUAAAUCCUUCCGAGAACCACUGCCAUGGUGCGGACUUGGUGUCCAUGUUUUUUUUUUAAACACUUGAUCAGAUUCGUACACAAUCUAGCAUCUUCAUACAUACUUUAUCUUAUUUUUACACACAAAAAUAGAAGGCGGUCCACAUGAAUAAAUAAGUAGUAAUCGUUGAGUUGGCCGACUAGUGGAUGUGGUUAAUGACAUUAACCGACGACCCAUUGUGAGCAGGGCUGCCACUCAAUUUUUUUUUUUAAUUCCCGAUAUUUGGUCAAAAUAUUUCCAAAGAUAAAAAAUAUAUAAGAGUUUUAUUUGUUUUUUUUUUAAAAGGAUCUUGGGGAAAUUUUUUUAAAUAAAGUGAGUUUUGGCCCUGAAUGGGGUAGUGAAUUCCCAAGAUCUUGGAAAAUAUCCCAAAGUAUGGCAGCCCUGAUUUACAGGCGUAAUUAUAUUUCUCUUGGAAAUAUAUGACAUCCUUCUUUCGGUUAGCCGUUUGUGCCUUUUGGAGAGCUUCGCCCCCAAACCUCUUAGUUGAGUUGACGCUGUUCACGUGUUUACCUUCAAACCCUAUUCUGCAACCCAUGUCCUUGUAACUGAUGUGCCCUUUUAUUUUAUUUGUGAUUAACAAAUAUUCUUAUAUUGAAC